AUGCCCAACGUACAGUCAUUCAAUGCGCAGCGAGCGCGCUCCUAUUUGCUUCGCCUGCCUCUCUUCACCCGCGCCAUGAUUGCGAUCAUGAUCGCUUUCGGGCUUGUUGGCUUGCAAGGUGCUUGGAAUGUUCGGGAAUGGGGUGCUUUAAUACCACGCGAGUUGAACCUCACCACCAUGUAUCGUGUUAAUACCUUCCCGUUAAUACACAAGAGUCUGCUACAUACUAUUUUCAAUAUCCUUGCCUUGACACCCUUACUAGAAAGAUUCGAAACUGAGUUCGGCACCUUGACAUCGUUAGCUUUAUUCUUUGGCCCUUUAACAACCAUACCUGCUUUAGUAUAUGUUUUUUUCGAUCGAUUUGUGCUAGGCGCAAACCAUGCUGUUCUAGGAGCUAGUUUAUGGGUCUUCCUCUUGCUGGGAAUGGAAGGAGUCAGGACGUACAAGACAAAUCCUUACCUGGUCAUUGGGACAUAUCAUGUCCCAACAUGGACGACGCCGCUUUUCAUGGCUGUGAUUGUUCAAGCCCUUGUUCCGGGCACGAGUUUUGUCGGUCAUCUGUGUGGUGUCGGCACAGGGUAUCUUUUCGGUUUGGGGUAUCUAAAGUUCCUCGCUCCGCCCGAAUGGAUCUUAAGAGAGAUAGAAAGUCGGCUGAACCUUCUAGGUCGACUACCUCAUUACGUCAGUAUAGACCAGAAGACAUAUGGUCGAUUUGGGGUGUUGCCAACAAACGCCUCCAGCAGCAGCUCGACGCCUAUGACCGAUGAGUUAUUUCACGAUAAAAGCGCCAUGCCGCGUCUACUCGCCACCGUCUUGACGCUGCGCCGCGAUCCGCGGCUGUUGAAGCUCCCGCCAUACCUCUCUCUGCUGUGCAUCUUGGUUGGUGUGGCUUGGCUAUUUCUCCUCCCUCUGGACGACUAUUCGCGACGUACUUACAUAUCCGAAAACGCUCUCUUGCCCGGUCAGGUUCAUACCUAUUUUGGCGGAAGUGAUCAGAAUGUCUUCCGCGCUUACAGACACGAGGUCGAUGCAUUGAAGGAUAAAACCAACCUUGAAAUAAACGGCGAGCUCGAGAAUAUCUUCAAGGGCCUUGGGUUCAAAGUCGGCCGCCAGAACUACACGUACUAUUCUGCGGGGAGCACGUAUGCCGGCGAGAAUGCAUACGCCAUCCUUCAAGCCCCGCGUGGCGACGCAACUGAGGCCAUCGUGUUGGUCUCGGCCUGGAAGAACGUCAAGGGCGAGUUGAAUCGCAAUGGUGUUGCUCUUACGCUGACAUUGGCCCGUUACUUCAAACGCUGGUCGCUCUGGUCCAAGGACAUCAUAAUCGUUAUCCCCCCCGACAGUAGGGCAGCUAUACAAGCCUGGGUGGAUGCAUACCAUGAUGCCCACGACCCAUCUACUGUCGCAGCCCUACCCAUCAAGUCGGGCCUCCUUCAGGGUGCCGUCGCCAUUGACUAUCCGCACGAAGGACGCUUUGAAGGCGUACAUAUUGUGUAUGACGGCGUCAAUGGGCAGCUACCUAACCUGGAUCUGAUCAACUCGGUUAACAACAUCGCUAAUGGACAGAUGGUCAUGCACUCUUUCAUUCAGGGGAGACUUGGCCAUUCCGACAAGUACAACGACCGUUUGAAGACGAUGCUACGAGGUAUGAUGAAGCAGGGGUUAGGUCAUGCAGUUGGACCUCACAGUAGCUUCAUCCCUUACCACGUAGAUGCCGUGACCUUGCAACCUGUCGGCAAUGGCGGGCAUGACGAGAUGGGGCUUGGUCGCCUUAUCGAAGGCACCUUCCGCAGCUUAAACAACCUGCUCGAGCAUCUACACCAAAGUUUCUUCUUUUACCUCCUUAUACACAAGGACCGGUUUGUCAGCAUUGGAACUUAUCUACCUAGUGCCAUGCUAAUCGCUGUCAACUUCACCAUCAUGGCUAUCUUGAUGUGGGUUAAGAGCGGCGCCGCAGGAACUUCUGGGUCUACGGAGUUGUCGGCUAUCGAGAAUACGGAUACCAUGGAUGGGAAGAAAGAGGCUGUGGCAGUGAAGCCGCUGGUACCCGCUGUCGCCGAGCGAGAGCUAUAUCUUCCAUUAGGAAUCGUGAUAGCAUGCCACUUUCUUGGAGCCCUACCGCUAUUCAUUUUCAAUCACACCCCGUCUCAUCUGCUCGCUCCUUUUUUCGUUGUUUUCGGUGUCCUGAAUAUCUUCUUUCCCUCACUAAUCUUGAAAAUGGUGAACUCGACUUCCGCGCGCCCCCUCGCCCUUCAACAAAUCUAUCUCCUUAAAUCAUUCUCUCUCCUUCUUCUCGGCAUGUUCCUCAGCUCCCUCGCGACACUGAAUUUCAGCCUCGCCUUUCUAGUAGGCUUAAUUUCAACUCCUCUCUCCUUCGCCAGCCCCUGGCCCGACAAUCCAGCUAUGCGCUUCAGCUACACAGGCCUGCUUCAAGUGGUGAGUCCCACAGCUGCUGUCCUUGCUGGGGCUGCCGCAUACGCUUCUAGUUAUGGAAGUGGGGAGACGGGCUUGCCUGACACAUUAGCGCAUAUCCUAUCGGAAGCUGCCUUUGGCUGGGACGUCUGGGGCUUGUAUACCCCCCUUAUUGUCUGGUGUGUUUGGUGGCCGGCGUGGCUCGUUGGGUCCAUCGUAGUGCUGGGACAACCUAAAACGAUGGCGAAGAUGAAGAGCGCUUGA